AUGCCAACCGCCGAGUUCGACGUCGUGUGGCGCCACGACGCACUGGGGCUGCGCUUUACGCCCAAUGAGAACGACCUGCCCGUCGUCUGCCAAGUGCCCCCGACCGCCUGUGCGGCUGUCCUGGCGUCCCCUCUGGCAGUAGGCGACGUGCUCGUGGCCUUUGACCUGCAACUCGCUGCGGCCUCUGGCGAAGCGAUGCAGACAGUGCGAGCGUUCGACCAACUGGGAACUGUGUUGAGUCGCGCCGCACUGCCAGUGACGCUGCGCUUUCGGUCGAGGGAGAAGGAGACGCCCGUGCGAGUCGACGAGUGCGACGUUGCACACAGUUACGACUUUACGUGGAACGCGCACACGUCGCUGGGCGUGUCGCUGGCAAUGGACCCGUGCUCGCUCUAUGCGGUCAUCACAAUGAUUGAUCCUGCAAAGAUCUCAUCAGCGCUCCAGGCGCUACGGCCCGUGCUGGGCGACGUGCUCGUUGCGAUCUCACCUCACGCUGGUGACGGCCUCGCUACGCGUCUCGACGAGAUGCGCUUUGAGGACAUUAUCCGGACAUUGCGUCAGUUCCCGCGGCCGUGUCGGCUCAGCUUUGCGCGACUUGUCGAGGAGACUUUGUCGGAUGGGACGGACGAAGACCGGAAGCCGCUCGAACGGCUGAAAGCAGCUCCUGGUUCUAGCGAAAGCAAUGGCCAGUACCCCGGAAGGAGCACGUCGAGGCCGCCGUUUCUCAAGCGAUCCGUGCAGCGGCCUUUGCCUAGCUUGAAGGACGGUGUACGUCCUGCGCGGAAGCUGGUUCCCAUGUCGAAUCGACAGAGCUUUCGCAUUGACAAGCCGGUGCCAUCUAUGCUUUCAUCGGGCGUCAGUCGACCGCACGCCGGGUCCACUUCUUUGGACGAGGGUCGACCGCAUCGUGGAUCGACUGCAGAUGAUGACAAGGGGUUCUACACGGUCAUGUUCAGCGGUGGCGCGGUGGGUCUGCAACUGCGCGACUGCUCGGAAGACGACAAGCACCUUGCGAAGGGCAACGACAAGACCAACCGAACGAACGGCUAUGCAGUGGCGAUCCGGAGCGUGACGGACGUCAAGUCUGCACAUGGAUUGGAACUGGCGACGGCCGACGAUCUGCUGAUGGCGAUCGGCUCGAAGGAUCUGCAGCACAUGUCGUUUGAAGAUGUGCGCAAGGAACUCGGCAGGAUCCAAACGCCUACGCGAUUGCUGUUCAAGAAACGCAAACGCGUUGUGGGCAACUCGGUGGCAUCUUCGCUGGUCGACACGCUGCUGCUCUUCCUCAUGUAA